CCCAAAGGAAAGUUCUAUUCUGUCUGUACUGGCCUGGGAAUGAUUGUUACUUUUCCUUCUCCGUGGAAAGCACUUGUGGAAGAUGCUGAUUCUUUGAUCGGUGAAUAAGUUUCAUUGAAUGCGUCAAAUCUGUUGCUUAAUGCCGCAGUAGCCUUUGAGGAAUGCUGCUAAUAAAGGCAACAAUAGAACAGGUCAGCCCUUGAAGGAGAAAAUGUCUACUGCGCAAGAGGCAGAGGUGUCCCAGUCUCUGCUACAUCACAAUAUGGAUCCUGAAAUAAAAAUGGAAGGACGGGACUCCAUUGACCCCAAGCCAGGAGAAGGAAGAACACAUUUUCUAAACAUUGGAAAAAGCAAGGUAGAGCCAGGGCGUAAUGUGAAAGCAGAGCUAGAGGAAAAUCCAUCAAAGAAUUGGGAUGCCCAGUUGCAGGAGUUUCUGAAGACACUGGAGGAUCCUCAGGGAAGAAGUGAAGUUCCACAGUGCCUUGAGCCAAAGCUCUGGAGUGGUCCAAAAUUACCUGGGAUGUCCUCCCAAGGAGGGAUGGAUGCCAGCAAAUGGUUAAAAGAAAUGUGUAUUUCCCAAAUUGAGGCUCAUUGCCUUGGGACAACUCAAGAGGAUUGGGACACCCUUCUGGAUGUUGGCCAUGGUGGGAAGGAGAAGAUUGGAGAACUGGCUGAAGGAGCCAUCAGGGCAGAGGCAAGAUGCCGUCGUUUUCGGGCCCUGGGCUACAAAGAGGCCAAGGGACCUCAAGAUUUUUGCCAGCAGCUUCAAGAACUUUGUCGUGAGUGGUUGAAACCAGAGAAACACACCAAGGAGCAGAUCUUGGACUUGGUCAUCUUGGAGCAGUUUCUGUCUGCCUUGCCUUUGGAUAUACAAAACUGGCUCAGGAGAAAUGGCCCAGAAACUUGUGUCCAUGCAGUGUCCUUAGCAGAGGAGUUCCUCUUGAAGAGAGCAGAGACCCAGACAUGGGAAGAGCAGGUGAUUGAGAUAUCAGAAGAAGAUGACAUCGAAAAAGCCCCCAAGUCAAGCCAGUUACCAUCAGAACCACCAAAGGAUGAAGAUUUUGGACUGGUUAAACCAAAACGUGACGGCAUGAAAAACCAUAGAGGCAUUGGGUGGCUGAAUGAAGGUGGUGAACCAAAGCUGAAGAAUUCUGAGAAAAGGAAGCCUCUGAGGAAGUUCUUGAAAGCUGCCAUCAAAACUGAUUUGCUGGCCUUCAAAGAGACCGAUGGAAACCGCGAUACGGCAACGAAGCAGAAUGGAAGUGAUGUUGAGAAGGGAGUGGGUCCGUCAGUUCCGCCCCAAAGUGUUGGCCCAGGGCUCAGUGACCCUGCUGUCCAAGAGGAGGAGGAGAUGAAUGAUAACGGGAGUGAGGAAAGCAUGAAUCAAAGCUUGAAGGUUGUGAGAACUGAAAGCCCCGAUGCUGAAGAGAAGCCGUUCCGAUGUUGGCAUUGUGGCCAGAUCUUCAGAAACAGUUCACAUCUGGUGAGCCACGAGAGAACUCACGUUGGCGAGAAACUGUACAAAUGUUCCCACUGUGGAGAAAGUGAGAGGACCCAUACGGGCCAGAGGCCCCACAAAUGUCCUCAUUGUGGGUGUAUUUUUGGCUAUCACGGUCACAAGAGGAUCUUUGUGGAGGAGAGACCCCAUGUGUGUUCUGACUGUGGGAAAAGUUGUAGCCAGAAAUCCGAUCUUUUAAAACACCAGAGAACCCAUACAGAAAGCAAGAAAUCUUACAAAUGUUCUGCCUGUGGCAAAACCUUCAAAAAUGGGUCAAGUCUCAAAGCGCACCAGAGAACCCACACGGGUGAGAAACCAUAUACGUGUUUGUACUGUGGGAAGUGUUUUGUCUGGAGUUCGCAAUGCCGGCAGCACGAGAGAAUUCACACAACUGAAUGCUCCCACUGCGGAAAAGGUUUUGGUCAGAAAUCGGAGCUGGUGGAACACGAGAAGACUCAUCUCGUGGAAGAUUUGUUGGUCUGUUUCGCCUGCGGGAAAAUCUUUGAACUCAGCUCUGAGCUCACGGCACACAUGCGGACUCACAAACGGAAGCAGUUCGAGUGUUCGGCCUGUGGGAAAACCUUCAUGAACAGUUUGCAACUCACUGCGCAUCAGAAGGUCCACACAGGAGAGAAGCCACAUAAAUGUUCCCAUUGCGGGAAAAGCUUUAGCCAGAGACAGAGUCUGAUAGCUCACGAGAGAAUCCACACCGGAGAACAGCCACAAAUGCGCUUAGUGUGUGGGAAAAACGUCCGGAACUCCCCGAAUCUCAAAUCCCACGAGAGGACUCACAUGGGAGAGAAGCCGUACCGUUGCUCCCAUUGCGAUAAAAGUUUCCGGUGGAGUUCACACCUCUUGUUGCAUAAGAGGAUUCACACAGGAGAAAAAUCCUACUCGUGUUCUGAUUGUGGGAGAACGUUUGACAGGAGGUGCAACCUUCUGAGGCAUGUGAAAAACCACACAGGGCAGAGGUCCCAUGUGUGCUCGGACUGUGGGAAAAGUUUCAUCUCCAGCUCAGUCCUUUCGCGACAUCAGAAAGUCCACGUGGGAGAAGAUGUUGCAAGGUGCUUAGAAUGCGGGAAAGGUUUCAGACAGUGCAGGGACCAGGCAGAAAAGGUGUCGAAAUGUCCUGAGUGCAUCCGGAGACUAUCCCUGAGUUUGGAUCUUAGACGUGCACAAAUGCGGUUGAAAGAAAAGACAUUUCAAUGCUCGCUCUGCAGAAAAACUUUCAACAACAGCUCUCACCUUAUGGUUCAUCAGAGCGUCCAUACCAGGGUUCGACCAAGGCAGUGCCUGGAGUGUGGGCGAGACAUCAUCAGGAGGCCUAACCUUAUUGCCCCUUUGAAAAACCUCUCGGGGCAAAACGCAGAGAAAUGCACAGAAUGUGAAAAUAAAACAGUUGAACUAGAUCUUGGAGGCAAAUGUUGACCUCAACCUUCACCCACCCAUCUCCUGAACGUUAAGACUUUCUGCCCCUUAAAAAGAGAAAAUAUUCCUGUGUCAGAAGAUUUAUGGGGGCUGUUUGUACAUCAGUCGGAAAAAAGUCCCGAUGGUGACUGUUUGAUGCUACAGCCUACCUGAAGAUGAUCAGAAAUUUGUACCCUACCAAGCUCACAUGACCAUACUUUGGGGUUUAGGCAACAAGGACAGAUAUACAGCGAUUUGCUGUGUCCCGUGGUCAUGUGACUGUGUUUAAUGAUGGUUUUGCUGAAAACUGGGACUUCUGGUUUUCACCAAAACUGUGUUUAUAAUUAUAUUCACAUUUAUGACUGGUGUGUCUGCUUUAACAACCAGCAUUCACAUCAUCAUAGUGAUUCACACACACACACACACACACACACAAAUAUUAUUACCAUAUUUUUU